GUCUCAAUGGUAGAGUGUCUGCCUAGCAAAAGUGAGGUCCUGAGUUCAAACCCUAGUACCACAAAAAAAAAAAUUGCACCUUCCCCAUGUGAAACACAGUUUUGGGGGUUGAACCCAGUGCUGCAUGCAUCAAAGUCCUGAUUUUAAGCUUGCUGUUGACUGUCUGUGGUGGCAGGUGACCUGCCCAAGCCCUAGAAUAGGACUAGAUGCCACAUCUUCCUGCUGUAGGCCAGUGGCACCUCUUCCAUGCCUCAGCUGCACUGUUCGGAUAUUCUUCACAAUUGCAGCAUAAAAGCUCACAUCAAAGUCCAGUGAGUAGAGACUGGAAACAAACCUGGGAAAUAGGAUUUGUCUUAUCACAGGAUGUAUGGUUUCCCAUGAGUAAAGCAGGGCUCUGAUGAUGCAGUAACAAACAGAAAGCACUCCUCAUAGGAUUCCUUCAGCAGAAUUUCCUGAUUCAUAAUGAUCAUUCAGAGAACCAGCCAUUGGUGAGGGUGACACACAGGUAAGCCAGUGGCACAGACACUGCUUUGUACAGGGACAUCCUACCUUUGGAUGAGGAUAAAAUGUGGAUUGUGAAAAUAACUAUUUCUUAAUAGUUAUAUUAAAUGUAUGGAAAUAAUACUUAGCAUAUGAGAACCACUCAAUGAAUGCUGGAUGUUGUAAUAAUUAUGAUCUCUUUUGUGAAACUUAUCAUAAUAAAACUGCUUUAUACAAUGACCCUUACUCCCUCUACAAGCUGGUCUGACUCUGAUGACACUUCUUGAGUGUCUGCUCUGAUUUAAGUACUAAACUAGACAGCUUUGUGUACAAAACAAUGACAAAGAUGUCAUCCUUAUAUCCUAGAGUUCCUUCAUGGUGCUUGUCUCUUGGAAAUCCUCUCAUCUCAAUCAUUGGAUCACCAACUGACAUUUCUAACUGAUUAAAUACUGAUUUAUUUGCCAGCAUGUCCAUUUUCUCUUAUUCUGUCUCCUUAUGCCUACUGUGAUUAUAUCAUCACAAUGUUUCUUUUGGGAACGUCCCAGUCUUCUUGAACCAUCUUUACUUUAAAGUCUUUGACUUAAUUUUCUUUGGUUUUAUAAGGUUGCCCUCUUAAUGUCCAAGGUUAUGUCAUACCUCUCCAGCUUAUUGCCACUUUCCAACUAGUUCUUUUUCAAUCAGCUGAAUUCAGCCCAAAAUGGGAGCUUCUUUUGCUGCAUUCUGUGUUCUUUGGGAGAUCAUGUUGUUCACUGGGCAACUAAAGAAGUAAAAUACCCUGGUUUUUUUCAUUGAACAAGAUCCUUCUUAUUCCAGAGAUGGUGGAAGAAUCCAUUCUGAUGUCUUGCCUCUGCUGGGUCAGUUGUGAGAUCUACAUUAAGAGGGCCACAUUGUCCCUAUAGCAUACAUUGGCCAAGCAGCCCAGAGCUAACUCUAUGUUGAGCACCCACCAACUUCCCAAAGCUCUGAAUUCCCAAACAGGCUCAUGUUAUCCCUGACAUCCAAGUUUACACCCUACUCCUCUCAGUAAUGAUCCUUCUGAAAGGAACACUUAUCCAUAUUAUAAUUGUCUUUUCCAUCCUAAAUUGUUCCAAAAGGUCAUCUUUUUUUUUCUCACUGAGGUUUUUUGACAGAUAACUGUGCAUACUUAUGGAGCACAGUGUAUAAUUCAAACCUGUGUGAUGUAUAAUGAUCAAAUCAAGGUAACUUAAUUUCUAGCUCCUAAAACAUUUAUAAUUUCAUUGUGUUGCGAACCUUUGAACUCCUCUCUUUUCUUCUUUAUAAAACAUAUAACAAAUUGUUGUGAACAUGAGGUCAUCUUUGCCACCCUGGGGAUUCAGCAGAGCCUGAGUGUUUCAGAGAAAGGAGAGACUUGAGUUUUAAGUUUUGAUUGCAGCUUUCUACCUCAUGGGUAGAUUAUUAGUUUCUGUGAACUUCAGGCUGUUCAUUAGGAAAGUCAUGGGAGAAGGUAACUCGUGUAAGCUAGCACUUGAAUGCUGGCCACAUGCCGCAGUGGGGGAAGGAGUCCCCUGGGGUCGUAAGACUUCACCUUACUAACUUCCCUGCAGAGGCUUCUACUGGUCUCUGGGCCCUGCUUCCAUUUCCUGUCCCCAGUAGCCCCCAUGGUGUUUGGCUUCUCCGCUUUCAUCAGGGUUUGUUCUGCCUCUCCCUCAAAUAUCAGUUUCAAACCCCCCCUUUCACAUCAUGAGCAACUUGCCAAGUAAGUUCCUCCUUCCCCACCCUCAGUCAACAACCUAUCAUUACUCCUUUCUCGUCUUUGGUCCAGAAACAACCCUGGUUUUGGAUGUGAUCAGCUUCUCAUAUCCAUCUUACUCUUCAAAAGAAAAACAAAAACUUGCAAUUAAACUAAAAAGUGCCCUUUUCUCCAGCGUGCACACACACACACACACACACACACACACACAACACUCCUAAGUACUUUCUUCCUUCCUUCCCUGGUCAAACUUCUCAAAUCAAUGGCCGCCACUCACAGCCUCUGAUUCCUUCCCACACCCUCCUCCUUCGACCUCCUACAUCCUUGCUUCCAGCCUCACGUCCUCCCUCUGCUGAAACUCCCACCUCCACAAUCACAUGUGGCUUCCCCUUCCAUUGGCUCAAAGGCUCAUCUUGUGCCUCUUCCAUGUCCCAUAUUCUGGACUUCUCUGUCUCUUCUCUUUGCUCUCUUCUGAGUUAUUCUCUAUAUUGUAAAGGCUUUGGAAUUGAAUAAGUCUAGGUGAAAUUAACAACUGUCCAUCUCUCCAGGAAGUUUUUAUCCUUUUCCUUAUCCCAUCCUACUGUUGAAGGUGCUCAUAGCUUCUAGGCUUCUUCUGCCCAGAGUAAGUUGGGUAACUGAGUCAUUCCCUUGGUUUGUGAACAGGAAGAAUGACACCCAGAAUUGGGAGGCUGAAGUGCAGUAAUAUCUACCCAGCACACAGUACCUAGCCCAUAGUAGGUGCUUACUAAUUGUUAUCUCCCUUCUCACACUAGCUCUCUUCCUCACUUGCUCUCUCUACCUCCUUGCUCUUUCCUCUUAGAUAGCACUUGGUCUUCUUUCCCUUUGUCCCUACCCUCUUGAACCAAGGCCCUCUUGGAGGGUGGGUCUCAAUUGUCAUCAUCAGCCAUGAUUGGGUUCCAUUCCUGCAUCACCUCCGGCCUGUGGUACAUUUCCAUUCCCAGAUCAGCUCCACCUCCAACUGACCCAAUUCUGAACUCAUCUUACUCAUCACCACAUCAGAUGAGCCUUCCUGUUUCUCCUUUUCUGUUCGCAACACAACCACGUGAGAAGCUGUUGAAGGAUAUAGGAUAGGAAAGGUAACAGAAAGACUCUCUGGAAGGCUGUAGCAGAGGUUAACAAGAAGCCAAUGUGGACUCCAUCUAGGAGGAGCACACAAAUGAGAACUGUUCGAUGAUAGAUAGGAGCUGCCCAGGGGCAUAAUGAGGCAGAUUGAGUGACCACAGAUGGAGACCACAUUAAUGUGUAGGUAAGGACUACUGUUACCUAAUUUUCUAGAGGUUUCCAUAGGUAUGGCCCUUUGGCACACUGUAGAGACCAAGAUUUCCAGGUAUGUAUACCUAAGCCUAAAGCAUUCCUCUUUUAUUGAGCUGCACGCUGUACCAUAGCUUUUGAUGGGAUUUGUGGAUUGUCAGUGCUUGGGAAGAAGAGAGUCUGAUGAAGUGAAGGAUAAUUAUGAAAGCUAUCGAUUUGCUCAGGCUAGUCCAUUCAGUGGUUUUUUGUUGUUUGCAAUAUGCAAGCCUCAGUCCUAGUGGUGGCCCUCCUGGCCUGUGAUGUCUGCUGUCUGCCCACUUCUCCAGUUCACUUUGAGCCCUUGCCUAUCUCUUGCUGUGGGUUCUCCUCACACUGGCCUGGCUUCCUCGGCCUCCAGUGCUCUAUGACUUUACCUGGUUCACCUUUGCUCAUCCUCACUCUCUGCUCAUCCUCACUCUCUGCUCAAACAUUUCUUCCUCAGGGCAGUGUUUCCUAAUUUCCCCAGUUACAGAUGCUCUGUACUUCUCACUGGCCGCCAUUUUCACAAUUACAGUUAGCUGUGGGAUUGAAUAAUGUGCGCUCUGUGAAGACACAGCCCUUCUUACCUUGUUCAUAGUCCCAGCACCUAGCGCUAUGCUUGGCACGUAGUAGGUGCUUAGCAAAUAAAUUUCUGUCAAGAUGGUGAGUAAAUAAAAGUGAGAAUAUGCAGUUCGCAGAGUGGAAGUUGGCAAUAGCCCCUUUCAGUACCAGGAUUUUCCAUAUCGAUGAGUCUCAUUUUAGGGACAGAAAUGUAAACUCUAUCAUUAUCUAUCAUUUCCUUUGCCUUCAUCCUUUGUAUAAUCAAACCCCAAAUCCUGUUGACUAUUAUUGGGAAAUGGCUUCUUCUCCUAUAUCCUGUUGCUUCCUACAGGGGCUUCCUGUUUCUACUCUCGUCUUCUCCAGCCUGCCUUGAGGACCACUCCCUAUUUGUCUAAAGCUCGGUUCUCAAAUCUCGCUGGGCUCUGAAUCAUGCCCUGUGGAGCCUACUGAAAAUACACCCCAGAGAUCUGAUCAGUGGGUCUGGAGUGGGAUUUGGGGAUGUGCACUUUUGCAAAGCCCCCAGUGCUGGAGCAGCUGCUUCCAGAACUCACCGGGCUGCUCAGCCUCCUGGACCAUGAGUACCUCAGUGACAGCACCCUGGAGAAGAAGAUGGCUGUGGCCUCCAUCCUCCAGAGCCUGCAGCCCCUCCCAGCGAAGGAAGUCUCCUGCCUGUAUGUGAACACUGCAGACCUGCACUCAGGGCCCAGCUUCGUGGAGUCCCUCUUUGAAGAAUUUGACUGUGACCUGAGUGACCUUCAGGACUUGCCAGAAGAUGAUGGGGAGCCCAGUAAAGGAACCAGCCCUGAGCCAGUCAAGUGCCCAUCUCCAGUGAAGACAGCCGACCUGCCUCCACCACUGCCCAACAAGCCUCCACCUGAGGACUACUACGAGGAGGCCCUUCCUCUAGGACCUGGCAAGUCCCCUGAGUAUAUCAGCUCCCACAAUGGCUGCAGCCCAGCCCCCUCAAUUGUGGAUGGUUACUACGAGGAUGCAGAUGGCAGCUACCCCACCACCAGGAUGAACGGCGAGCUGAAGAACUCCUACAAUGACUCUGACGCCAUGAGCAGCUCCUAUGAGUCCUACGAUGAGGAAGAAGAGGAAGGGAAGGGGCCACAGCCCCGGCACCAGUGGCCCUCAGAGGAGGCCUCUAUGCACCUGGUGCGGGACUGCAGGAUAUGCGCCUUCCUGCUGCGGAAAAAGCGCUUUGGGCAGUGGGCCAAGCAGCUGACCGUCAUCAAGGAGGACCAGCUCCUGUGUUACAAAAGCUCCAAAGACCGGCAGCCACAUCUGAGGUUGGGACUGGAUGCCUGCAGCAUCACCUAUGUGCCCAAGGACAGCCGGCACAAGAGGCAUGAGCUGCGCUUCUCCCAGGGGGCCACUGAGGUCUUGGUGCUGGCACUGCAAAGCCGGGAACAAGCUGAGGAGUGGCUGAAGGUCAUCCGUGAGGUCAGCAAGCCCACUGGGGGAGCAGAGGGAGUGGAGUCCCCCAGGUCUCCAGUCUUCCUGUGCAAACUGGACCUGGACAAGAGGCUGUCCCAAGAGAAGCAGACCUCAGACUCCGACAGCCUGGGCAUGGGCGACAAUGGUUCCACCCUUGGCCGCGAACAUGGCAAAGGGAAGAAGAGCAGCCUGGCUGAGCUGAAGGGCUCCAUGAGCAGGGCUGCUGGCCGCAAGAUUACCCGCAUCAUCAGCUUUUCCAAGAAGAAGGCGCUGGCUGAGGACCUGCAGACGUUCUCCGCAGAGGAGGAGGUUCCAUGUUGUGGCUAUCUGAACGUGCUGGUGAGCCAGGGCUGGAAGGAACGCUGGUGCCGCCUCAAGUGCAACACUCUGUACUUCCACAAGGACCGCGCGGACCUGCGGACCCACGUGAACGCCAUCGCCCUGCGCGGCUGCGAGGUGGCCCCGGGCUUUGGGCCCCGGCACCCAUUUGCCUUCAGGAUCCUGCGCAACCGGCAGGAGGUGGUCAUCCUGGAGGCAAACUGUUCAGAGGACAUGGGUCGCUGGCUUGGGCUGCUGCUGGUGGAGAUGGGCUCCAAAGUCACCCCAGAGGCACUGCACUAUGAUUACGUGGAUGUGGAGACCUUAACCAGCAUCGUCAGUGCUGGGCGCAACUCCUUCCUCUAUGCAAGAUCUUGCCAGGAUCAGUGGCCAGAGCCCCGAGUCUACGAUGACGUUCCUUACGAAAAGAUGCAGCAGGAUGAAGAGCCCGAGCGGCCCACUGGGACCCAGGUGAAGCGCCAUGCAUCCUCCUGCAGUGAGAAGUCCCAUCGAGUGGACCCACAGGUCAAAGUCAAGCGCCAUGCCUCCAGUGCCAAUCAAUACAAGUACGGUAAGAACCGAGCUGAGGAGGACGCCCGGAGGUACCUAGUAGAAAAAGAGAAGCUGGAGAAAGAGAAAGAGACAAUUCGGACAGAGCUGAUGGCCCUGCGGCAAGAGAAAAGGGACCUGAGGGAAGCCAUUCGGAACAACCCAGUGUCUCUGGACUCAGGAGCAAGGCUGAAGGCCCUGGAGGAUGCUGUGACCACCCUGGAAGCUGAGUGUCGGGCAAAGGAAGAACGCCGCAUUGACCUAGAGCUGAGGCUCGUGUCUGUGAAGGAGCGCCUGCAGCAGUCCCUAGCAGGGGGCCCGGCCCUGGGGCUCUCAGUGAGCAGCAAGAACAAGAGUGGGGAAACUUCAACUAAACCCCAGAACAAUGUCUCUGAGCAGUCUCUCCCUGUCAACUGUGUUUCUGAGCUGAGGAAAAGGAGCCCAUCCAUCGGAACCUCCAACCAAGGAAGGGUGCUACAGAAAGCCAAGGAAUGGGAAAUGAAGAAGACCUAGAAAGAGGAUGAAGAUUCCAUUCCAAAAGAACCAUCAACUUGUCCAUCUAAGGCAGAAAUGCUUUCUUCACACAGAAAACCAGGAGAAGACUGGAGUAACCCCCCUACUCUCUGGGGCACCCAAAAGACCAUGUUAUUGUCUGUAUGAUUUUAGGGCUUGUAGGGAGGGAAGGAGUAAAAGGAAGGAGGAAAUAGAAAGCAACCUUAUGACUUUACAAAGGGUAGAAGUGGGGGUAGAGGGAGACAGAAGUCUGUACAGAUGUAAAAGUUUUGUUUGGUAUCUUUACCUUCCCUUCCAAAGAAGAAAAGAAAGCACAUGUGAAUAAGCCAUUCCAUCCCAUCUCAACAGCCCAUUCUCAGUCCUUAAGGCAAAGGAAGGCAGUGCAGUAACAUUAGUUGUGCAGUGAAGAGAGAAGAAACUUGGCCAUCUGAUCACAUUGUGCCAACUGCAUUCCUGCUGGGCAUGACAGACAACCUCUGGGCAAGACUAAGGGGUUGAAUCCUUGCCUGCACAAAAGUGAACAAAAACUAUUGAAACAUUCAAAUUCUACACUCAUUCCUCCUCUGGUUUAAACUAGGCAGAGUGCAACUACUGGAAUCUUACAGAUUUAAGCAUUUUAAAAUCAGAUACCCAAAUACCCAGGGAGCAAAGAGAAGUUGAUCUGGUGACAUAUUUUAUGCUUGCAGUGACAGGAGCAUGGAGUUCUAACAUCCAUGGAAUGUUGUGGGCAUUGAAGAGUGGGGUCAUGUGCUGUCAGUCCUGUCCUUUACCUACUUUACAUUGACACCGAGGCUCCUUGGACUAUGGUUAGAAAACUAAUGCCUUCAGCCUGAUGAAAUCCUCAUCUUGCAUUGGUAGACCCACUAGCCUGCCCUUCCAGCAUCUUCUUUAAAGUAAACUUAUCAAGGAAAACCAAGAGAAUGGUGGCUCAUUUCUGCCACAUAGGUGCUAAGCCUUUGACAAGCACUUGAUUCUUUUAUAGGAGGAACAAGGACCUCAAGUCCAGGCAACCUCCUUUCUAUGCUACUCACUAUUAUCGCAAUACUGUAAGCACUUUAUGGGUCUGUCCUUAACACAUUUCUUUCCAAUAAAAAUAAAACCAUUUAAGAGCUCAGAGAUUAGCUCAAGAGGGGAAUGGGGACAAGGAUCCCAGAAUAGUCAGUGAACCCUUUACUAGAGUCUUGGUAUGUUUUACCCACUUAAGGCUUAACACGGUUUAGCCUCACUGAAACUUUACCAUCCUCUGAAGUAGCUUGAGAGCACAGCUGGAAAACUAGCCCGUCCAAAAUCAGCAGCUGAUCACUGGCAAAACAUAUGACUUAGGUGUCAUGAUUCUGGACCUAGAUAAGGCUGGGUUUGAGGUCUGUCUCUGCCUCCCAGUGGGGUGAUCUCAGAAGAGCCACUGGGCUUCUCUGUUGCUUUCCAUAUCUUUGGAAAUAGGGUUGCGGAAGUGGCUCAUGUGUUGAAGUUCCUGCUUAGCAAGCAUGAGGCCCUGAGUUCAAACCCCAGUACUGCCCCCCCAAAAAAAUCAUAUAGUAUAUCCAAAUAAGCCAUAUCAUGGGGGUUUGUUUUUGUUUUACUUUAAGGGCUCUCCAGUAACUAAGCUGGCCACUACAAGCACCCUAGAUCCCAAUCACUAGCUCAUCAUCUUCCAUCCUAAAUCCCUAAAAUUCAUCCACAUAUUCCUAUCUUCACUGGAACCAUCCAACUUCAUUAAUUCAUCCCACAAAUGUUUGAGCACCUACCAUAUGAGAUGUCAAGAAAAAAAAAACAGUUUUGAACAGGACAGACUUCAUCC